AUGCAGGAGGACGGAGCACAUUUCGAAAUUUUACCAGAAUGUCAUCCGACGACUUUUUUUAUUUAUUGGAAUCAAUUCGUGACAAAAUUACGAGAAGUGACACACAUUUUCGAAAAGCCAUCACUGCUGAGGAAAGAUUGGCCAUAACAUUAAGAUACUUGGCAACUGGUGACUCGUUUAGUAGUCUACAAUAUUUAUUCAACGUAUCAAAACAAGUUAUUUCAAAAUUUGUCCCGGAAGUAUGCAAAGAAAUAAUAAAUACAUUGAGUCAAACACGUAAAGAUGAAUGGUUAA